CAUCGCUAGUUCCCACGGCAUUACAAAAAAAGUGUAAUUUUCUAUUUACAAUGUCGGCGGGUGUACAGGAGCGCUUGCAACUGAGCCGCAUACCCCUGGACACGUGGUCCAAACGGGAGCAGCUCUGCCUGGCAUCGGCCGUCUCCUGUAGCGGCGACCAGAACUGGAUUACCGUCAGCCGCACGCUAAAGUCGGUUUGCGGCAAUGGAAAUGGAAACGGCAACAACAACAGUCGACCGGCGGAUUGGUAUUCGCAAAAGAACUGUGCCCUACAGUACGGUCAUCUGCUGGAAAGCGUGGAGGCUACUAAGCGGAAAAAACGCAGCAGCGAAAGCAGUGCCGGUGUCUCCUCACCGGCCACCGUGGAGACGCCCACUGAGUUGUUGCUGCGACGCUUGACGGAGGAGCGUAUGGCGGAGAUUAAGGCACAAAUGCGCACGGAUCAAGAAACGUACAGGCGUAUUCAACGCGAAAUCGAUUCUCUGCAAUCUGACGCUGUCACAGAGCAGGAACUGCAGGACAUGUGGAUGGAGAUCGAAAAGGAGCAGGAAGCAGAGCGCAUUGAGGAGAUGAAGCUGGAAAACCGACUGCGAGAGCGGGAGCAGCGCAAGAAGGAGUUGGUGGGUAACUGGCGGAACAGCAGCCCGGCGGCCAGGCGGUCGAUGCAACCAACCGACACCACCUCCGUGGAUAUGGACGUUGAGGAUAUCGCCAGCAGUACGACCAAGCAACAGUCAGGUCCUUCACCGUUACUCACAUCCCUGCUGAAGUCUCCCACGGGCAAUGCUCCAUCUACACCUGGCAAUGGAGCACCAGGUGGUGCAGCAACUACUCCAACAGGAAGCGUGGCCAGGACAACGGCUCCCACCAUCACUUCAUUAUUGACGAGCGGAGCCGGCUCGGCGUCGGUUCCUAAUCAACCUCUCAUCACAAUGAAAAGUCCCACAGAUGCGGCCUUUAUGUCCAGACCCAUUACUGGGCCAGCCAGCGAAGCCCUUGCCCCAACAACACCCACCCUGGAAAAGAGUCCAUCGCAGGCGGCACCCACUCUGUCAAUGCUUCUCGAGAAGAAUAAAGCAGCGGCCAAGGCUGGGGAAGGUAAAUCGGAAGCUACAGGUAGCUCAGAGCAGUCUCAACCGCAGGAAGCCAAUUCCACGUCCACACCGGGCGCUGAUUCUGAUGAAGCCGAUCCUAGCGACGAGCAGCUGUUGGAGGUUUUCCCGAAUAUAGACGAAAUCAUCGACGACAUCGACAUUGACAUGGCCAGCGUGAUCGAUGAGGAGAUUCUGAAGGAAGUGGAAAAUGUCGUGGUGUCUCCAGCGGGCGACAAAAGCGACGUCAUCGACUUUGAGGACAAGUUGGAUGCUCUGAAAAGAGAUGAAAGCAAAGACCCUCCAGCCGGUGAAGCGCCAAAGUCUGUGGAAGUAGUGGUUGGGUCUAGCGAUGAUUCUAAUGAUAACAUUCCACUCGCCACUGUGGCCUCCCAGGAGGGUAAAGAUCGGUCUCAGUCUGGAGGAGAAUCCACGUCGGCCCUCCCAGUCGACAUUGAAGCUGAAACCCUUGCAAGUGAAGUGGCGGUGGAGGAGAUCGGGGAGACCAUUACUCUCAUCAGUACUUCGAGUGAAGAUACGGCCGGUUCUCCCGUGACCAGAGUGGAGGAAGAGCCUGUAACUGAGCCCACUCCAAAGCAGGAUAAUAAAGAAGAAGAAUCAUCAGAGCAGGAAGCAGUGUCCGAGAAGACCACAGAACCGAUAGAAUCUACAAAAGAGGCGGAACUCAAAGAGGAGCCCGCUUCCGGCGAAACAGAAAGCAAAGCAAACAAAGAGGAGCCAGAAAAAGCUCAAAAAGUGGAGGAGAAAGCGGCCACGCCUACGACUCCCGCCCCAGCACCAGCGCCAGCUUCGUUGCAUGACACAGAUGAGGAGUCCUCCUCGCUAACAGACGGCAGCAAGCAUGACGACCAGCCGAGAUCUUCGAAGGCAAAGGCGCAUGCCUCGAAGCAGGCUCAAGAUGAUUCCAAACAUGAGCCGGAGCACGGCGGAACACCCCAACCCCCUUUCGCGCCAGCUCGUGCUCCGCUUCUGAGGAAACUUCCCCAUCGGGAUCGCUCCGAAAGUCCGAUGGUGGACGAUGAUGCCACAACGGCGAGUGACCAUUCCACAGCCAGAUCCAGCACGCGGCGAAGGUGUUCAUCCACGCCGGUUAUUGACAGUAUCCCCAACUCCCCCGCCUCCAGUGAACACACGGAUGACCGAAGGGAAACACGCGCCGCUUCCAAGAAGCUCUUCCUAUCCAUUUACUCGACGCUGCAGGAAAGCAAGCACGCGGCUCCCUUCAAGCGCCCCUUUCACGACGAGCACGCCCAGCGGCAUGUGGACUUGUGCCUGCGCCCCAUGGACCUGCCCACUAUCAAGCGGAAUAUCGACUCGGGAUUCAUUCGCAGCCUGAGUGAGCUUCACCGAGAUGUCCUGUUGAUGGCGCAGAACGUCCUGGUGGCCUACAAACCGCACACUAACCAGCACAAGACGGCCCGGCUUUUUGUCCAGGACUGUCAGGCCAUCAAGGAGUUCUCGCAGCAGCAGGAGACGCCAUCAGCCAGUGCCCCGGUAGCCACCACGCCGGCGAACAGCGGGAGCGGCAAGCCAGAGCGGGAGAAGCCAAGUGGCAACAAAGCAAGGAGUGGCUCCCGGAAGAGCCAACGGCAUCACUAGUCUUAAGAUCAGUUCUUACGGAAGAAAGGGAGUAUUUUUGAGUUCCAUCUUCAACUUCAACACUUCAUUCAUAAACUAUCUUUAAAAAUAAACAUCAAUCGAAGAAUAUGA